UUUUUCUGGGAGUUAUUGAAAUUUAAAUUAAAAAUGUCGUUCAAUUACCAAUCAGAAGUAUCAGCUGAAGAUCUCCUGGAUGAAUAUAUAGAGAAGGAAGACAGGUCUUACUUAGAGAUCAUGACUGAGGUGGAUAUCAACGAUAGCCACUCUGCAAGAGUCCCCUCUCGGAACACAAUGGAGCAUGAUUUCAAUUUUUUAUAGGAUCUCGAAUGAACGAGUAUAACAAUAAUUUGCUACAUAAACUUAAUUAUGAGACUGAUGCUGCUAAAUAUCCGAAGCAGGCCAUCUUGAAACCUAAAGGAUACGAUUUUAUGCACAUUGGAGCAAGGUAUGGCCAAUUUUUACCCUUCAGCUCCCCUGAGCAAGAGACUAAAUCCAGUUGUCCCUCAUUUAGCGAAUUUUAUAAGCAAAGUGUUUUGAAGAAUGAUCAUGCUUAUGAUUCUAUUAAGACUGAAAAUUUGAUUAAGAAUUCCUUUAUCAACCAGAAAGUAAAUACAGAGAAAGGAUAUGAUAUAAAUGAUUUCUUGCCGGAUAAGAAGAAGUCCGGUCUUGUUCUUCAAGAUAGAGAAAGAAACAAAAUAGAGUCUCCUUCCCUUAGAGAUCACUGAAGCAGUUGUUGUAGCUGCAAGCACGUCUCUGAAACAAGGUCAAAUCAUAUGAGAGCAUCAUUUUCCUCUUCAGGUUCGUCUAAUAGAGGAAAUAACACUCGGAGACAAAACAGGCCUGACUCCAGCUUGUUUGAGUAUAAACUUCCUGAGAGAGAAGAUGACUUUGAUACAGAUAAUACCAUGGAUCUUUGAAGAGAUACUGAGACUGAAAAUGAAGCUUUUAGUUCAAAAAAUGGUCCUGAAUUCAGUAAAUAUAUCUCAGAAGUCAACCUCCAAAUGCUAGGUGAUCAAAGACCACCAAGACCUGUAAAAGAGAAUGAAAAGACUUUGAAGCCAGCACAUUCUAAUCAAAAUAUUAUGCAGAGUCCUGCUUUUCAAGGAUCUUUGGAAAGAGUUCUCAAUAAUGAUAACUCAGUUUCUUCCCUCAAUAGCGGAAGAGGUAGAAAUAGGAGAUCUCGGUCUAAAAUUACAAGAGUGCAUUCGAUCAAGAAAUUCAAAGAGGAUGAACUAAAUGAAAAUAUGAACCCAAAUUCUUCCUUUAUGCCUCAUCAGGUGCAAGAUCAGAACUCAUAUGAAAGUACUGCAAAGAAGCAUCAGUCAGAAGCUAGAUAUAAUGUAUCUGGAACAAAAAUAGAGUUUAAAACGCUAGACUCUUGCUAUACUCCAGCAGUCCAGAAUACUAACGAGAGCCAUAUGACUAAUAAUGAGCUUGACCAUGCUCUAGAUAAGGAAUAUGCUAUUCUGGAGAAGAACUAUGGACAGCCGCCUCUGAACUCUUCUAUGAUUUCUCAAGACCAUGAGAAAAGAAGACAGAAAUGUCUACAGGACACUUCUCCUGGAUACAAAAUGCCUUCUUUUAUGCAAGAGAAGGCUCUUGAGCAGGAAGAAAGCUUGCAAUAUGAUGUAAAGCUUCCAUCCAACCAGCCUUUGCUGGAUAGGAUAGAAGAGUUGGAGCAGAAAAGGCUUGGCAUUCCUAAUGAUAAACCCUUCUCUUAUAAUUCUCAUCAGGAGCUUCCUCUUCAGGAAGCUCCUGAUGAAUCAUAUCAGAAUUGAGACGCUCAGGAAAUUCAAGAGAGCCAGAAAACUCUGAAGCCAUUGGAAAUGGCUUCAGAGUAUCUGAGCUAUGAAGACCGCAAGAAGAAAGCUUUAGAAGAACUUGAUGAGAUCAUAGCUUCCUCUGAAGAUGAGAUCCUAGCUGUGAAUAAUUAUUUGAAUUCCUCUAAAUUUUACCAAGUUGAGCAGCCUCCUCAAAAAGAAAUUUCGAAGUUUGAAGAAUCUCAUAGAAAUGGAAUGAGGAAAAGUAGCGGGAACAUUAAAAUUUAUCAAAGUUUUGAGACCCAGAGUUAUGAAGAAGACACUUACUCUCCUAAUAGCUCAAAUUUUAUGUCAAAAGUGUUAAUAAUUCAAAAGAGCAUUAGAAGGUACUUGCAGUCUAAGAGAGGAUCAGUGCAGAAGCAGCAGGAAUUUAAUACAGCUCCUACAAAACAGGUGGAUAAAAAUUUGUAUAUUUUCCCUGAAAAUUUGAAUGAUAGCAAGAAUCAAACACUUUCUAGCGUUGAUAUCCCUGAAGAAGCAGUCCAACUAUCCAAAUCAAUCGAGAAUGAUAUAUCAAGUAUCAAUUGUAGUGCACACUAUGUGACCUCGAUCCAGAACAUCCAGGAUAUUAAGAGAAGAGUCCUCACAGAAUCAGCUGAGAAGUCACCAAUCCAGUACAAGUAUAGUAAAGAAAACAGCAUGAGGAGCACUGACAAAUCUCAGAAAAUAGAAAAAUCAAUGCAAAUCACUGAUAAACAAAUUGAAGAGGCUAAACUCCAAGUACAAAGAGAGCUAGCCAAGCUUGAAGAGACCUCUUCUGACGAAUCCUACUUAUUCAGCGAUAGAGAAGCCGUCGAGGAGCCAGCCAGCUUUUCUGCCAAAAAGGAGGAGCAUAAAAUCACCAUUACACAUAGGGAACAUUCUCAAGAUGAUGAAUUCAUCACACUUGAAAAUGGGAAUAUUCUAACACCCUCUCAGAACAAGAACUCAGAAGCGAAGACUAGCCGGGAAGCAACUCUUGAUAAGAGGAACGACACUUCUGAGUCUUUUCUGAACUACUCACUCUCUGAUGAAGAAAUGGAGCAUAAGUUAAAGCAGAGUAUUGCCAACCUCAUCACUGCUGUUACUAAGAAAGACCAGAAGGACACUAUUCAGACACUAAAUGAGUUAGAUCUGUCCAAAAGUAGCCAGAUAGAAGGGAUGAUCAAGGAAAAUCUUAAAGCAAAUCUCCUUGACAGAGAUGAAAAUCUCAGCUCAUAUCUUUCAAGUAGCAAUUUGAACAAUGAGAAUGUAAAGAACCCGAAGUAAGAAGUCUUAUUUAAAGUAUUUUCAAUA